AGCUCAGCACUCGGGUCGUCUCUAUCCCAGACCCGGACACUACGGUGUUCGAAAAAACUAACUCUCUCUUUCCCCCAAAAAUUUAACCAAAUUGUCCUAUUCUUCUUUCUCGCGAAACCCUAAUCUCCUCCGAUAUCGCUCGAAUCUUUGGUACUCGUAUCUUCCGUCGGAUCUCGAGUCUAUACUCUCAGCUUCUGAAAUCUCCGGGGAAUGCAGAUAAGGUCUUGCUGCGAAGGCUGGAAGGAAUCCCACUCUCAAGGGAUUGUCAUCGUUGCCCCUAAAGCAAGAGCCAGGGACAAACCUUGGGAUCAUCAUCACCUCUAAUCUUUCCUUUCUUUGUAUUUCGAAAAAUGGCUCGCAUUUUGGUUCAACGAGGAAGUUCUUCCAACGCAAGCCGCUCUACUUCCUCCUCGUCUGGCUCGUCUUCUUCCUCAGGAACUGAGCCACCACAGGCAAGCAGUAAUGCUCAGGUUCCACCAGUGACAAUUGAUGAAGAAACUUCUACGGAUGGAAAGCAAGAGGAGGUUAUUGUUGUUGAACCAGCAGAGUGUUCUGAGGCUCAGGAUGUAUCACUUCCCCCCAGUGAUGAGCUUGUGGAUAGAGAAGAUGAUGAAGGUUUGGUUGCUUCGGAAAAUGUUGUUGUUGAAAGUGAAGGUGUAGACUGUGAUUCCCCUGAUUCGCUGCCCUUACCUGUUCCUCCACCAAAGCCUUCUUCAAAUGAUAAUAGGAGAUCGGUCUUGAGAAGUUUUGGUGCUUUACGAAUUGGAGCAGCACAAACUGGAUCACACCCUUCUUCUCCAAGGUCACUUAGUGAGAACGAAGGCUAUAACAGUUCCGAUGAGCAUAUGCCAUGCUUUGUGCCCUCUCAUACUGGCUCUAGCUCUGGCUUGGAAAGAGAAGAUGAGUUUGAAACCGAGAUUAGGCAAUCGAAAGGCUUCGAAAUCAGGCGUAUGCUGGAAGAUGGAAAUUGUCUCUUCAGGGCUGUUGCAGAUCAAGUAUAUGGAGACUCGGAGUCACACGACAUGACUAGACAACUGUGCAUGGAUUACAUGGAACACGAGAGGGAUCACUUUUCUCAGUUCAUAACCGAAGGCUUUACCUCUUACUUGAAGAGGAAAAGGAGAAACAAGGUCUAUGGAAACAACGUGGAGAUCCAAGCUUUAGCAGAAAUGUAUAAUAGGCCUAUCCACAUUUAUUCAUAUAGCACAGAGCCGAUCAACAUAUUUCAAGGGAGCUACAACACCGACACACCUCCGAUAAGGCUGAGUUACCACCAUGGGAACCAUUACAAUUCUUUGGUGGAUCCACAUCGGUUGACAGUUGGUGCAGGUCUUGGGUUUGGUAGCCUCAGUGGGAGACACGUGGACAGAGAGCAGGUGAAAGCUGCUAUUAAGGCUCAGCAAGAACAUCAGAUUGAUAAUGCGCUCUUAGCAGAAGGGAGAUAUUACUCUGAUCUCGAGCUUACGGAAAAGGAAAUUGAACGGUCGGUAAUGGAAGCUUCUCGUGCUGAGUAUCUUAUGGAAUGGUCCAAGCCACGUAUUGGUCCCGCCUCUAAUGCUGAGACGUCCUCUUCUGGAGCUAGAACUGACUGGAAACAAAAGGAGGCAGUAAAAGAGAAGACGGUGGUGAUGAGCAGCAGCAGCAUAGAUAUGGUUUUGUCGAUGGGAUUUAGCUAUACGCAGGCCAUGGAAGCUUAUAGCAUUUUCGGGGAUGACGUUGACUCUAUCGUCUGCUAUGUACUGGAGACGAGCUGUGGGAGCACCAACAACCGACGCAAAGGCAAAGCCACGGAGUAGAUAAAUAUGUAACAUUGCGUUGUUUUGUUAUAUAGUAUGAGACACCGAUUGGUAUUCUUAUCAACGUUUGGGAGAUUGUUACCCUUUGUCAAAAUAGUGAAUAAACUUCUGCGUCAUGA